CUAUUUAAAUCACUUACGUAUCGUGAUGUUCUUCCCCAAAUAAGCAUCCAAGUAAGCAUUAGUACCCCAUAGCAUCUUCACGGGAUAGUGUUGCCGUGAGAAGAUCCAGCCACAUCCAACUUCCCAUAUAGGGAAUGAUACGACGAAAUCAGGCGCUUAAUCUACGAAUCAAUUCGUUGUAUAUUGAAGUUCAAUUACCAGAGUACUGUUCUGAAAUUCUAAGUCGAAAGGAUGAAGAUCAUGGUGGCAGUUAAGCGAGUGAUAGACUAUGCCGUGAAGAUUAGAGUCAAACCAGACAAGACUGGUGUGGAGACCAACAAUGUAAAGAUGUCCAUGAAUCCAUUUUGUGAAAUUGCAUUGGAGGAGGCAUUGAGGAUAAAGGACGCAGGGAAUGCAUCAGAAGUAGUUGCUGUCAGCAUGGGUGGGCCCCUAUGUGCAGAAACAUUGAGGACUGCAAUGGCAAUGGGGGCAGAUAGAGCAAUUCAUGUAUCCACUGAUACAAGCCUGUAUCCUCUUACUGUAGCAAAGCUUCUUCAGUCCUUGGUUGCCAUUGAGAAGCCUGGUCUUCUUAUGCUAGGGAAACAGGCCAUUGAUGAUGAUUUUAAUCAAACUGGCCAAAUGGUAGCUGGUCUGCUAAGAUGGCCACAAGGCACAUUCGCAUCAAAGGUGGAGUUGGACAAGGAAAAAGGGAUGGCAACAGUAGACAGAGAGGUUGAUGGUGGCCUUGAGACAUUGUGUCUGGCGCUUCCAGCUGUAAUUACGUCAGAUCUACGGCUUAAUCAGCCACGAUAUGCGACGCUUCCAAAUAUUAUGAAAGCCAAAUCAAAGCCCAUAAAGAAAGUCACUCCUGAAGAGCUGCAGGUGCAGAUUAUGCCAGACCUGGAGGUUCUUGAGGUUGUAGAGCCUCCAAAGAGAAAAUCUGGGAUGAUGGUAUCUUCUGUGGAUGAGCUCAUUAACAAGCUAAAGAAUGAAGCUUAUGUCAUAUGAUGUUUUACCUUUUUGAUUUAAAAUGAUUUGAGCAAAUGAUUGCAUUCAAUCAUACAAGGUCACAAAUUAUUUCAUACAUCAUGAUUUCUCAAUUUCACAGUUUAUGCUGAAAAAGUAAAUAAAAGUCCUAUUUGAGCCCGA